AGCAACCAAAAAAAGAGCAUAAGGAAUAUUAUGCUAGGGCUUAUACCAGCCAUUAGUUCUGAUUACUGGGGAGCUUUUGAGGAGCAAAAUGGCAGUGAUGAUUGGAAUCGCUUUCAGAGUUUCUUGGCUUUGUUGCCUGCUAAUUGGUGGGAUAACCUGUUCUCCAUCAAGUGAUGGGUAUCCUGCACCAGAUUCUGAUGCAGCAAGGCUCUAUACAGGCUCACUUAGGUCUAAAGGAUAUGGUAAUUACAACUCUCCAACAGCUCAAUUGCAAGCGCAGCUGACCGAAGAGCAACAGAAACAUCUGGCAGCCAUCCUGCAAAAGCUACUGGCCCCCAUGCCCCAGGCACCUCAGAAAAUGUGGUAUCCAACUCAAAUGCCCCAGCAGGAAAAGCAACCGGCCGCCAUGACCCAACAGCAGACUCUACCGGCCAGUUAUCCUAAGCAGCCUCAAGCAGUGUUGUAUCCAGCUCAAAUGCCCCAGAAGCAACCAGUUACUGAACUUCAGCAUCAGAAGGAACAGGCGUCCAUACCCCAGCUACCUCAAGUGUGGUAUACAGUUAAAAUUCCCCAGCAGCAAAAGCAACCAGCUACUGGUCCUCAGCAGCGGACGGAACUGACCACCAUGCCUCAGAAGCAACCGUCUCCAAUGCCUAUACUGCAUAAACAACCAACGGCUAUGCCCCAGAAAGCAUGGUAUCCAGCUCAAAUGCAGCAGAAGCAACCGGCCACCAUGCACCAGCAAGUGUGGCAUCCAGCUCAAUUGCACCAGCAAGUGUGGCAUCCAGCUCAAUUGCCCCAGCAGCAAAAGCAACCGGCUACUGAACCUCAGCAGCAGAUGGAACCGGCCUCCAUAACCCAGCAACCUCAGCAAGUGUUGAAUCCAGCUCAAAUGCUGCUGAAGCAACUGACUGCCAUGCCCCAGCAAGUGUGGUAUCCAGCUAAGCCCCAGAAGCAACUGGCCACUGAUCCUCAGGAGCAGAUUGAACUGACCGCCAUGCCCCAGCAACCUCAGCAAGUGUGGUAUCCAGCUCAAAUGCCCCAGAAGCAACCAACCGCUGAACCUCAGUGGCAUCCAGCCAAACUUCCCCAGGAGCAACCAGUCCCUAUGCGUCAACUGCAGAAGGAACUGACCGCCAUUCCACCACAACUGUGGCAAUCCGCUCAAAUGCCCCAGCAGCGUAAGCAACCGGCUGCCAAGCUUCAGCAAGUGUGGCAACUGGCCCCCAUCCCCCAGCAGCCUCAUGACGUGUGGUAUCCAGCUAAAAUGGUCCAGAAGCAACAAGCAGCUGCAACUCGGCGGCAGAAGGAACUGACCACCAUGCCUCAAGAGUGGCAUCCAGCUCAAUUUCCCCAUCAGCAGAGGCAACCAGCCCUAAUGCUUUUACCGCAGAAGGAACUGACUGCCAUGCCUCCGCAAGUAUGGCAUCCAGCUCAAAUGCCCCAGCAGCAGAAACAACUGGCCACCAUGCUGCAGAAGCAACCAGCCCCAAUGCCUCAACCGCAGAAGAAACAGGCCACCAUGCCCCCGCAAGUAUGGCAUCCAGCCCAAAUGCCUCAGGAGCAAAAGCAACCAGCUACUGAACCUCAGCAGCAAAUUGAACCGACCGCCAUGCCCCAGCCACCUCAGCAAUUGUGGCUUCCAGAAACCAGCCACUAUUCUACCAGGAGAAGCAAUCCACUCAAACCAGCCACUAGCUUCAGCAAGUGUCAACUGCAGAAGGAACUAAAACCGCCAUUCCACCACAACUGUGGCUCAGCAAAUUUCCCCAGCAGCAACGCCACCUCAAAUGCCCCAGCAGCAUAA